CCGUCGCCCGUCCGUCGGCAGUCUUCUUUCGCUAGUCGAGCGGUUCGCACGUACGCGCAUUCUUUAUAUAGAGUUCGGCUCCCUUUUCUACAUCGAUAGUGUCACUCUUUUAUUUCCCCCCAAAAAAUUUAUCGAUCGUGUGUGCUUGUGUGUGUGUGUGCAAUUGAUCCCUCCCUACAGGCGAAUUAGUCAAUUACCCAGUGCAGAGAUCAAACAGACUUGUGCUCUUAUCCCAUCGACUAAUAUCAAUUUGUGGACCGGAAAAAAAAGGAAAUAUAAGACACACACCGCGUUUCAUCGUCACACCUGUCGAGGUAAAAGGAAAAGAAAGGCGAAUCGACCAAACACACGCAGCAACUACUAUUAGCUCGAAAAGAAAGACUAUUACAUCAACAUGACAUCGGUUGAUUGCGAACGGAGGUACGGCGGCGAGCGGCGAUUUUUUCUGGUUUUAUUCUGGAUCGCCCUGGUGACGAUCACGUCCAGUUUGGAGGCCGGCGCUCAGCGGGACGGCCCCAGCACAAAAUUCAACGACUACGACGACUACGACAUGUUCAAAGACCAGCAGAUGUUGCACGACGCCAUGGAAGAGGAAACGUCGUCGGGGGGCCAACCUGAAAACAUCUGCGACGUCCGCUCGACUCUGUCCGUCUAUUGCUUUUGCGACAGCCUGUCGCUGAAUAACGACGCCAGCGAGGCCAAAUGUUCCGUUUUCAACGUCAGCGAUCAAAACGAUUCCAUUUGGGAGCUGUUCAAAACCCAAGUCGGCAUAAAAGAGUUACAGCUCAACGUCCAAGAGGACGGACGGCUCAAUUUCCUACCAGCUGCCGUAUUGCGUCAUUUGCCCGGUUUGACGUCGCUACAGGUGCGCGAGGCCACCAUCGACACUCUGGCCGCCCAGACGUUUGUUGACGUCACCCAUUUGCAGGAGCUCAGACUCAACCGCAACAAGAUUCGUCAUAUUCGGCCGUUCGCGUUCCAGGGCUUGUCCAAAACUGUCGAAUUGGAAUUGAGCAACAACGAAUUGGUCAGUCUGGAGCGAGGCGUUUUCGCCGAUUUGGACGACCUGCGCCAACUGUUUCUGGAUGGCAACAACAUCUCGCUGGUCGAGGACUCGGUCUUCCAGAACCUGAAGAAACUGGAAGAGCUGGACCUGUCUGGCAACAACAUCGCCGUCCUGACGGGCGAGACGCUGAUGGGCCUGCAGCAACUCAAGAAGCUCUCCCUGCGCGGCAACCAGUUGGCCAUCGUGGGCGACCACACCUUCGCCCAUGCCGGCAACCUCCGACGGCUGGAUCUCAGCUCCAACCACCUCCAAGUCAUCCGCCAACAAGCCCUGGCCGGUCUCGGCCAAUUGAGCUUUCUCGAUUUGGCACACAAUCAACUGGCCGGACUUGACAAGGCCGCUGUGUCGCCCAUCUGGUCCAAUUUGCUGAAUAGUUCCAUGAAGUUUUCCUUAGAAGACAAUCCGUUGCAGUGCGACUGUCGCUUGUUAUGGAUCCUCCGAGAUCUCAGAAUGUCCAGCUCGAGUGCCACUCUGAAGACGGGCAUUGACCAAUUAAAUUGCGCUGCCACUGCCACCGGAAGCAGUUCGCCGACUGCCCUUGUUACGAUGUUAUCGAAACUCGAUUGCCGGCCGGCCACCGUUGCGCCGCCGACAACCAGACGGCCGUCGAGGGGCUCGACGACGGCCACCUACGUCGUGGCGGACGAGCCGAAACUGCCGCUGGUGGUCAACGACGACAACAGCGCCUCCCUUCAACUCUCCAGCCCGGCGGAAAGCAAAGAAGUGCGGCCUCAAGUUCCGGCUGCCUCCGCCGCCACCGACACCGUCCAGGAGGACCAGGGCUCUUCAUCGGCGCCUGUUGCUGCUAGACCCUUCGCCGGUUUAUGUCUGUCCCUUGUGUUGGUGGCCACUGUGCUGCUGUGGUGACCGGCGCGCCCAUUUGUCACUCUCCCAUGAAGAGAAUUGUUACAUUAAUGACAAAUCGAAUUCACACAGCACUGCCAAAACGCGCGGCCAAUUUUCUCAGAAAGGACAUCAAUAUAGUUUCUAACAACAGAUAAAAUACUGGAGCCCAGGGUAAAAAAGGAAAUAAGAGGGGUAGAAAUCCACAACAAUUCCUAAUUUUUGUCAACAAUGGGGAUUUUCAACCAUUUCUCAUUUUUUUUUUAGUUUUUUUAAAGUUCAUUUGAUCUUUUUUUUUCUCUCUCUCUUGACAGUAUAUGUGUGUUUAUUUUCAUUUUUCGUAUAACUUUCGAAUUUUCUUCCAAUUAUCUAAUUUUGUUUUCUUCAAUUUCAUUGUUGGAAAUCGACCCUGAUUUUUGACGCAAUGUGUCUGUGAUGUUUUCGCUUGCAUGGAGAAACUCUGACGAUCAAUUAUCUGAAAUAUGACUUAAAGUAUGGCAGGAGAUUAUUAGAAUAAUUACGGAGAAUAACGGCAAAAAUUAUAACGAUGACGACCGUGACGAGAUGGACGACUAUAUUUCAUGUGACAGAAGGUUGAAAAAAAAAGGCUCCCGGGUAAAACAGAUUAACUUCAUAUAAAUAUAGGCUAUGAUACGGCAGUUUUCUUUUUAAUUUUUUUAAUUAUUAUUUACACCUGUUGCUUUCACCGUUUUUGCCGAAGACUGCUGCCAUCUGGGCAUAAAUCUCAAUUUCAAAUCCGGCGAGUCCAGAUGACAUAUAUGUACUAAACUGUAUUAUUACAUCGUUACAUGAAAAGAAAAAAAAAAGGUCCGGUAUUUAUACCACAGAGGGCUUGCGCUUGCAAUGUGUUCUAGUUUUUUUUUGUUUUUUAUUAUUAUUAUCGGAGACCUCCUUAUGUUUUUCACAUUGCACCCUAAGUGUUCCGCGUCAUGGUUUUGCCUUUCGUUUGGUUUGAACUUUGCACUAUAUACCGACAUGCAACUUGCUGAUGUUGUAGCUGUAUACGAAACAAAAUUUAAGAAAACAAAAAACAUAAACUGGAACUCGAAAUGCACCAGCAGCGAAUGGUAUACAUAUGUACAAGUCAAAACACUGAAAAUGCCAAGUUCCCAUAUACAUGAUUGAUGUAUUCAAGCGAAAAUAAAUUCGAUUUCGAUGUAAAUAUUUGUCUCACGAUAUACUAUAAUGUAAUCUUUUUUUCUCUGUCUUUCAUUUGAUUGAUUUCCGAUCUUCUUCUUUCUCAUCUCUGAAUAUACGUAGGAAAUAUAAUCAUCGUC